CAGGAAUUCAUAUGUAACUGCCUCAGUGAGAGAAAAGCCCGUUUAGGGAAAUAAACCCAGAUGGCAGUAGAGUAACGCUGCCGUUAAUUCCCAAAGAAGAAGAAGAAUAACUGACUGAUGAUGGAGCGAUUUGGAAAAUAAACUGGAGAUAAAGAUGGAGCAGCAUGAAGACAACCAGACCACACCAGAUGGAAAGACGAAAACACGCCAGUCAUCACCAAUGCAAUGGACGAAUGAAGGACCGUGUCUGCAAGAACUGAAAGAAGGUUAUUUCACUUGCCAUCAAUGUGGGAUAUGUUUCACCAAGCAAGCGAGCCUCGAAAAGCACAUGAGAAUCCACGCCGGAGAGAAGCCGUUCACCUGUGUCCAGUGUGGAAAGAGUUUUACAGUGAAACAAAGCCUUGAAGUUCACAUGAGAAUCCACACCGGAGAGAAGCCUUUCACGUGCCCUCAGUGUGGAAAGAGUUUCGCAGCGAAAACUACACUUAAUUUUCAUGUGAGAAUUCACACCGGAGAGAAACCGUUCACAUGCUCUCAGUGUGAAAAGAGUUUCGCUGAGAAAAAAAAACUUUAUAUUCACAUGAGAAUCCACACCGGAGAGAAGCCGUUCACAUGCUCUCAGUGUGGCAAAAGUUUCAACAUGAAGCAAAACCUUGAUAUUCACAUGAGAAAUCACACCGGAGAGAAGCCGUUCAUCUGCUCUGAGUGUGGAAGGAGUUUCACUGUGAAACAAAACCUUGAUAGCCACAUUAAAAUUCACACUGGAGAGAAGCCUUUCACCUGCCCCCAGUGUGGAAAGAGUUUCACAGAGAAACAAAACCUUAAAUGUCACAUGAGAAUUCACACCGGAGAGAAGCCGUUCACCUGUUCUCAGUGCGGAAAGAGUUACACAAUGAAGCAAAGCCUUGAGAUUCACACGAGAAGUCACACCGGAGAGAAGCCGUUCGCCUGCCUUCAGUGUGGAAAGAGAUUCACUGUAAAACAAAACCUUGACAGUCACAUGAGGAUUCACACCGGAGAGAAGCCUUUCACGUGCCCUCAGUGCGAAAAGAGUUUCACAGAGAAGAAAAAACUUCAUAUUCACAUGAGGAUUCACACCGGAGAGAAACCCUUCACCUGCUCUCAGUGUGGAAAGAGUUUCACACAACAAAACCACCUUAAAUGUCACAUGAUUCUCCACACUGAAGAGAAGCCUUUCACCUGCUACGAGUGUGGACUGAGCUUCAACAUGAAACAAAAGCUUGAGAGACACAUGUGGAGUCACACUGGAGUGAAGCCUUUUACCUGCUCUGAGUGUGAAAAGGGUUUCACAGUGAAACAAAACCUUGAGAGACACAUGAGGAUUCACACCGGAAAUAAGCCGGUCAAGAAGUCAACAACAAAAGAAGUCAACCUUAAAUGUCACAUCCGAAUUCACACUGGAGAGAAUGGAAAUGCUACAAGUGUGGAAAGAGUUUCAACAUUGAUGGAGACUGAUGAAAUAAGCUGCAUCGAACAUUUCCUAGUGAUAAAGAUGGAGCAGCCUGAAAACAACCAGACUAACGUUACACACACACCAGAUGUGAAGACGAAAACCUGUCAGACAACACAUAUGCAAGAGUGGAAGAAUAAAAGACAGAAUCAGAAGGAACUGAAAGAAGAUUCUGUCACUUGCCCUCAAAGUGGUGUGUGUUUCACCGAACAAGUAAGUCUAAAGAAGCACAUGAGAAUUCACACCGGAGAAAAGCGGUUCACCUGCUCCCAGUGCGGAAAGAGUUUCACACAGCAAGGUCAGCUGACGCGUCACAUGAAAAUCCACACGGGAGAGAAGCCUUACUCCUGCUCCGAGUGUGGAAUGAACUUCAUAGAAAAACACAAGCUUGUUAUUCACGUGAGGAUUCACACCGGGGAGAAGCCUUGCACAUGCUCUCAGUGUGGAAAGAGUUUCACUCAGCAAGGACAGCUGACCCGUCACAUGAAAAUUCACACCGGAGUGAAGCCAUUCUCCUGCUCUGAGUGUGGAAGGAGUUUCAUGGAUCAACGACAACUAAUAAUUCACACCAGAAUUCACACCGGGGAGAAGCCUUUCAAAUGCCAUCAAUGUGGAAAGAGUUUCACACAACCCGGACAGCGGAAACGUCACAUGAGAGUUCACACCGGAGAGAAGCCGUUCUCCUGCUCUCAAUGCGGAAAGAGUUUCACAGUGAAGCAAAGCCUUGAGAGUCACAUGAGAAUUCACACCGGAGUGAAGCCCUUCACGUGCCCUCAGUGUGAAAAGAGUUUCACAUUGAAACAAAGCCUUGAGCGACACAUUAGAAUUCACACCGGAGAGAAGCCGUUCAUCUGCUCCGAGUGUGGGAUGGGCUUCAUAGAAAAACAACAGCUCAAUACUCACACGAGAAUACACACCGGAGAGCAACCUUUCAUCUGCUCUCAGUGUGGAAAGAGUUUCAUUUUUAAACAAAGCCUCGAGCGACACGUGCGAAUUCACACUGGGGACAAGCCGUUCACCUGCUCCGAGUGUGGCAUGGGCUUCAUAGAGGUGCAAAAGCUUAAAAUUCACAUGAGAAUCCACACCGGAGAGAAACCUUUUACCUGCCCUCAAUGUGGAAAGAGUUUCAGAGUUAACCGGAGCCUUAAGAGACACAUGAGCCUUCACACGGGAGAGAAACCUUUCGCCUGCACUCAAUGUGCAAGGAGUUACACGGUAAAACAACACCUCGAGAGUCACAUGAGGAUUCACUCCGGAGUGAAGCCUUUCUCCUGCUCUGAGUGUGGAAGGAGUUUCAUGGAUCAACGACAACUAAUAAUUCACACCAGAAUUCACACGGGAGAGAAACCGUUCUCCUGCCCUCAAUGUGGAAAACGUUUCAAGCAACAAGGACAGCUGAGAUGUCACAUGAGGAUUCACACCGGAGAGAAGCCGUUCUCCUGCUCUCAAUGCGGAAAGAGAUUCACAGUGAAGGGUAACCUUAAGAUCCACAAACGAAUUCACACCGGCGAGAAGCCAUUUUCCUGCUCUCUGUGCGGAAGGAGUUUCGUGCAACAAGGACAACUUCAAAUUCACAUGAACAUUCACACCGGACAGAAGCCUUUCGUCUGCUCUUAUUGUAUGAAGGGUUUCACGGUGAAACAUUUCCUUGAGAGACACAUGAGAAGUCACACCGGAGAGAAGCCGUUCGUCUGUUCUCAGUGUGGGAAGAGUUUCACAACGAGAAGGAGCCUUAAGAAUCACAUGAGCACUCACACCGGAGACAAGCUUUUCAUCUGCUCUGAGUGUGGAAAGAGUUUCACAGUGAACAGCAGCCUUGAGCGACACAUGAGAAUCCACAGCGGAGAGAAACCUUUCACCUGUCCUUAUUGUGUAUUGAGGUUCACGGUGAAACAAAGCCUUGAGACGCACAUGAGAACUCACACCGGAGAGAAGCCGUUCUCCUGCUGUGAGUGUGGAAAGAGUUUCAUUCAACAAGGACACCUUCAAAAUCACAUGAGAAGUCACACCGGAGAGAAGCCUUUCGUCUGCUCUGAGUGUGGAAAGAGUUUCCCAGUGAAACAAAGCCUUGAUAGACACAUGAGGAUUCACACCGGAGAGAAGCCGUUCUCCUGCGCUGAGUGUGGAAAGAGGUUCAUGCAACGAGGACCCCUUCAAAGUCACAUGAGAGUUCACACUGGAGAGAAGCCCUUCGUCUGCUCUGAGUGUGGAAAGAGUUUCACGGUGAAACAAAGCCUUAAAAUUCACAUGAGAAUCCACAACCAUUCCACAAAGUAGUGGAAUCUCCUCUACCGAGCGAUACGAAGGCAGACAUAGUUUACCUGGACGCCCACCAGCUAUAAGAAGAAAGAGAUCAAUCUGUUUAAAUGAUUAGGGG